UGAAAUUUGGCUCGCAGUUCGAAAAAUAUUUUGGCUGAUGCGACUUAUUAUUUGAUGCUGUUUGAGCAACAAUAUCUUAAAGAAAGAAUAAAGACAUCAUUUAUAAUUUCAUAAAUCACCAUGCCACGAGUGCCCCAACCAAAGAGGACAGCAGCUCAUCAGAAACUAGCUGAAGAGAAUGAGAAGUCAGGGCCUUCAGUAUAUGACAUGGAGGAUGAACCCUUGAUAACCUCCCCAGUCUCACCAAGCAGAAGCAACGAGACACCAAUCAUUCCAAAGAAUAAGAAAAGAGUAUAUGGACAGGAUGAGGAAGGGAAACAGGAUUUUGGCUCUGAAGUUCAAGAUCUUCUUAAAUGUUUUGGAGCGGACAUAAGCAAGACUGUAAUGGCAAAGCGCAAAAGACUUGAGACAUUUACAAAUGCUUCACUGAAGGCAAGCAAUAAGAAAGUGGAUGAAAUAUGGAAAGAGCAGCAUACAGAGAGGAAUAAGUUGAACGAUGAGUACAAACGCCAGUUGAGCUCUGUGUUGGCCCAGUGGGAUUCAGACCUGGAUAAAUCAAAGGAACAAGAAGAGAAAUUACAGAAUCUGUUUCGUCAACAACAGAAGAUGUUCCAACAAGCCAGAGUUGUACAAAACCAACGUUUGAAGACGAUCCGGCAGCUACAUGAACAAUAUAUGAAGGGUGUGGAUGAACUGGGCAAAUGCCACGACAACCAACACUCCAAUGUACAACAAGAGCUUAAGAAAGAAAUGGCACUACUUCAGAAGAAAAUUCUCAUGGAUACGCAACAACAGGAGAUGGCAAAUGUAAGGAAGUCACUUCACUCAAUGCUGUUCUGAUAUUUUUACUUACUCCCCCUGAAAGAGGACAAACCACUUCAUCCAAUGCUAUUCUGAUCUCUUUACAUUCCCCCUGAAAGAGGAGAUUUGUGCAGAUCUGUCUUUGCUGAGUAAAGGACUGAACAAUGCGUUAGUUAGGACUACAGAACUGUGCUUUAAGAUAUGUUUAAGAUACCACCGUCGCCAUAGGUUUGAACACUAAAAUCAAUAAAGUAAGGGCAGAUUCAGUGCACGUAAAAUGAACCAACAGGAGGCACCAAACAAUUAGAUCCCAGGGAGAUGUCAGCAGUUACAUGUAUACCUGUAUACCGACCCAAUUUUUAACUAGAUCAAAUGACUUCAAUUUUCUUUUGAUAUUACUUAGCUUAGUAACUUAAAUAUUACACGUUUACAAAAGCGAAAGCCUUUGAUGU